UCGCUGAGGAUUAAUCCUCGCGGUUCGGCGACCACCGGGGUCCAGCUGCUGAGCAGAUUAGGAAAGCGACCUGCGAUGCGAUGUCUAUUCUGUAUGCACUUCGUCACACACACUGUUCAGAUGUCCUCGUAUUGUUAGAUCUGAGCUUCAGAUGUGUUUUUCAGAAGCUUGAGAGUAGUUGCCAACUAUCGAUGCAAUGUCAGGUCAAACAAUAUCGGCGCUUCUUUCAAAAAAAAAAAGAUAAAGUCGCGUAAUAAUUACGCACCGCUGCUCGCCUCUCUGUUUACUUCGUGAAUCCUUAAUUAAAAGGCGCCCGCUGGUUGAGUCGUUUCAACAGAAACGCGUUUAAAAAUGAGCUGGAGCACGGAUUAGAUAGUGGAAGUUAUCUUAAUUAUGUAAUUAGAGCUGGACUUUUAUAUAUUAUGAGGUGGCGGAAGUUAACGACUUGGCACCCGAACUGGCUUGGUGAGGAACUGGGGGUAUUCGAAGAAGUGUGUGUGUGUGGGGGGUCCGUAGAGGUUUUUUUUUACUACUUCAGAUCCUGAAUUACAGUUCUAGCAUCCUAAACAUCGGUUUUAUAUAUGUUUUUUUUAAAAGCUUCAUGGGGUACGCGGGCGCAAAAAUAAUAGACUUGAAAGGCAAGACCAGACCCCUCCAUCUUCCUCUCCCUUCUCCUCUGCAUAUACUUUGCAAACCACAAAAAAAAAAGAGGGAGAGCAAUAAAAAUGACGGUAGUUUCUGGCUGUGAACCCGGGCGGCUGUGGAGGUGACGACGCGAAACUGCGUUUCUAAAACUCCGGGGCGGAGGAGAGAAAGAGCUACCCGGUGCGUCCUAUACCCCCCUCUCUCUCGGGGCAACUUGUGGUGCUGGGAGGAGGAGGAGGCGGCCCGGCUCGGCUGGGGGAGGUGCCCUGGGGGGCCACUGACGUGAAAGGCAUCGGGAAAGUUGAUUUGUUAACAGAAAAGGCUGGGCGUCCGCACGGAUUAAACAGAAAUAAACUACCGGGGACGGAGAGAAAAAGCCACAGACCCCGCUCUUGUUGUUUAUUCGCGAACGUUAUCUGCGGGACGGCGGCCGGAGUCCGAAGUCGUCGUCUUUUUUUUUUUCCCUCUCCUCCUUCCUGGGAUAUGCAGCAUCCGCUUUCGCCGCACAUCUGUCGCUCAAGCAGGAUACCGGCAGAGGAGCCCUUCUCGUUUAAAAUUUCUUCCCCUUUCUCGAAGAGAUCCAGUUUGGAACGGGAGGAGGAGGAGGAGGAGCAGGAGCAGGAAGGAGUCGCGGAAGAGUGAAGGAAAAUUAAAAGCAAAAAAAAAAAACCACACGCAGCAAAACAUGGUUUCCAAAACCGGACUGUUUCGCUUCGGAAAAAGAAAUCACGGAGAGAACGGAAAGGACAACCCCGCUCUAAAGUAAAUGAAUGCCGGAAUAAUCGCUGGAAGGUUAUUUUAAUGUUGCUGUUCAACUACAUACAGGGUUGGUAACCCACUUACUGUACUGUGAAAUGCAAGGAUAUAAUUUGCUUUGAAAUACGCAGAGCUACAUCCCUGGGGUGGGAAACUACGUCCUCGGGGUGCAGUUACCUGGAUUCGUUCUAUACAAAAAGGUCCAUUAGACGUCACGUAUAAACGCCUUUUAAAAAAUUUCUUUCGAUUGAUCUGCUGAUGCCAGAAGCUCCAGAGUGCCUUCAUGGCAGGAUCAUGAAGUGUUUGACUUUCUUCCUUUUACUUCCAGAAACCUUGAAAAAGUCAAAGAGGAGUGUGAAACACCCCAGCAGGCUGCCAGCAUGCUAUGAGAUCGUUACCCUCUCGCUCAAGGAGAAGAUGGCUGCAGAACUGUACCCUGCCAGCGCAAACACCAAUAUCCCCAACAGCAACGGCACUACGGUGACUGCCCCCAGCAAGAAGAGCGUCGUCCAGGUCUGCCAGGCGGUGACCGCCUCCGCCACUCACGCCACCCAGCAGAACAUCAGCAACAACAACGUCGAGGCGGCGAGUUGGCAGUGUUCGCACCCCACGCUCAGAGAGAGGAAUGCCUUAAUGUUCAACAACGAACUCAUGGCGGAUGUACAUUUUAUAGUUGGACCUACAGGUGCCUCGCAAAGAGUGCCUGCACACAAGUACGUGCUGGCAGUCGGCAGCUCGGUUUUCUGCGCGAUGUUUUAUGGCGACCUCGCCGAAGGAAAAUCAGAAAUUCAUAUCCCAGACGUGGAACCCGCUGCUUUCCUUAUUCUUUUGAAAUACAUGUACAGCGAUGAAAUUGACCUGGAAGCUGACACGGUGCUGGCCACUCUGUAUGCUGCCAAGAAAUACAUCGUACCGGCUCUGGCCAAGGCGUGUGUGAAUUUCCUGGAGACCAGCCUGGAGGCCAAGAACGCCUGCGUGCUGCUGUCCCAGAGCAGGCUGUUUGAGGAGCCCGAGCUGACCCAGCGCUGCUGGGAGGUCAUCGACGCCCAGGCCGAGCUGGCGCUCAAAUCCGAGGGCUUCUGCGAAAUCGACCAGCAGACCCUGGAGAUCAUCCUGACGCGGGAGACGCUGAACACGAAGGAGGCGGUGGUCUUCGAGGCCGUUCUGAGCUGGGCGGUGGCCGAGUGCAAGAGGCAGGGGCUGGGCGUCACCACGCGGAACAAGCGCGGCGUGCUGGGCAAGGCCCUGUACCUGGUGAGGAUACCCACCAUGACGCUGGAGGAGUUCGCCAACGGGGCGGCCCAGUCGGACAUCCUGACGCUGGAAGAGACGCACAGCAUCUUCCUGUGGUACACGGCCUCCAACAAGCCCAAGUUGGAGUUCCCGCUGACCAAGAGGAAAGGCCUGGCGCCGCAGAGGUGCCACAGGUUCCAGUCCUCCGCCUACCGCAGCAACCAGUGGAGAUACCGCGGGCGCUGCGACAGCAUCCAGUUCGCCGUGGACAAGCGCAUCUUCAUCGCGGGGCUGGGGCUGUACGGCUCCAGCGGCGGGAAGGCCGAGUACAGCGUCAAGAUCGAGCUCAAGCGCCAGGGGGCCACGCUGGCCCAGAACCUGACCAAGUUCGUUUCGGACGGCUCGAGCAGCACCUUCCCCGUGUGGUUCGAGCACCCCGUGCAGGUGGAGCACGACACCUUCUACACGGUCAGCGCCAUCUUGGACGGCAACGAGCUGAGCUAUUUUGGGCAGGAGGGGAUGACGGAGGUUCAGUGCGGGAAAGUGACGUUCCAGUUCCAGUGCUCUUCGGACAGCACCAACGGCACGGGCGUGCAGGGGGGGCAGAUACCCGAACUCGUCUUCUACGCAUGAGCUCCACACCCGCCUCUUAACUGCAUUCCACUACUGCUAGUCAAGCACAUGGAAGAGUCCAGCAAACUCUGCCUUCUAAUAAUGUAGCAACGAGGAAUACGCGACACUAAAAGCCUGUUAGCUGUUCGACAGACUGUCCAACCUUAAGUGAAGGAAUGCUCUUCGGAUUUAUUUAUUAAAACGGUUGACUUAAUUAUUAAUACUGCAGCAUGCAGUUGUCUGUAAAAAAAAAAAAAAUAAUUGUAUGGCACUGCCAGCGGGCGAUUGCCUGUAGUGCUUUGUGGUUUUGUACAUAAAAAUAAUGCUGUUUUGUUUACAGCUUGAAGCUGAUCAACAAACAAAGUUCUGUAUUAGAGCGCAGCUUACUUAAUCUGCAGAUUAUAUAAAAAGAAGGUUUGUGACUAAAA